GCGAACAGCUAAGCUUUGUCAUUUCUCAAGUGGCACAUGGAGAGAGAGGGUACCAAUCCCCAAGUUGGAUACUCCUUUUAUAUGGCUUACCCAGACCCCUCUAAUUCCCCAAUCCAGGACAAAACUUCUACCGGGUAUUAAAAAACAAAAAGAAAGCACAGUGACAUUUAUUAUACAUGAACUGUUUCAAUUAACCAUGACGCCGGAAUAUCUAGAGUAUCCUACAAAUCUUGUACGCACAGAAGCGUAUCAUCAUACGCUUGAGUCUUACCGUGCAAAGCUCAAUACUAGAGGGGUAUUUCAUCCUACAUAUCGCUCAUUAGGUUUCAUCGAACUAUAUGAAAACGGCAAUGCGUUUCAUAAGUUAAGGUCCCCCGACGCGGUUGAUCAACUUAGCAGCUAUAUCGACGAAGAAGAUGGCGCACCGCUUUGGCGAAUGGUAUUCCUUCAGUCCAAAUCGGCUCGAGGGGCGUUGGGGUGCAGCAAGGAUCAACUCCUGCUUUUACUCACAUACUAUCAAGUAAUGCCAUACUUUUUAGAUUUCGUCUUAACUUUCUGUACCCGCGAACAACCUCUGGCACAUGCGGCAUUCAGAUAUGAAGAUUAUCUUGAAGAGAAUAGUUCAGAGUUUGCAAUACCACAGCUUAGAAGAUCCGGGGUACAAAUUCAACAUGCUUUCAACCUCCUAUCCGUGGAGCGAGCUGGCGAUUCUAUCGAAAAGAAUCAAUGGCCCUUACGCCAAGUUGCCCUGUAUUACUCAUUUGAUGUUUCCAAUGGCCGGAGUCUUUGGAUUAUCCUUAAAGGGAACAAAAUUAUGGCGACGCGCAUCUUGUCCGCCACGGAGCACCAAAGACGCCUGAAAGCUACGGCUAUUACUAACCCCGAGACAUCGUUCAUCGCUGCCCUUGAAGUGCAUAUGAUCAUGAUUGAUUGGUGCUCUGAAAAUUGGGCUGAAUACAUUGAACACGUCGAAGAAGUGGUCAAUACCAAUUCUAUUGAGGGAAAGACGGCUCCAGUUGAUGAAGUGACUAGACCAGCGGAGAUCGAGACAGCGCAUACUCAAAGAAACACUAAUACCUUUGGUUCGAAAAGCCAACCUACCGAUAUAUUUAACAGUACCAAGCGAUGGACGCUUCGUCAGUCCUCAUCCAACUUGUUCAAAUCCAUCCGGCGAUUUUCCGGGCUUGAGAGCAGACUACCCCCUAAUGAUGAAGAAAACACAGCAGAAAAAGGCGUUGAAGACACGCCGGAACUACAAGACGAAGAAUAUGAAGAAGACCGCGAUAAACUUUCCGAUCUCGAAAAGGAGUUUUCUUUCCAGAAGUAUCAAAACAUGAGUCAAUUGUCUGUAGAGCUAGAGAAAUCAUUAGCGGUCCUUGAACAGAAUAAAGGGGUACUUGGAGCGAUCGAAGAACAUUACCGCUCGGUUAUUGAGUCGUACGGAUUGACGACAUACAUGAAGAAAGGCCUUUACGAUAGCGACCUGGCUGCUUUCUUCGCUAAAAUACGAAGUACUAAAAGGGAGCUCGACAUACACUAUCGUCGCAUACAGACAUUAUCCCAAGCACUGGAAAAUGAAAAGACGAUGUUCACUACACUCUUGCAGUAUAAGAGCGAGAAGGUAUCCGAGUACUUCGCAAGUAGCGCAAAGAUAUCCUCGGAUCGAAUGGAAGACAUUGCCGUCCGAACCGAACAAGAGACGUUGUCGAUGCACGUAAUUACAAUAUUUACGCUUAUAUUCCUCCCGGGGACUUUUAUAGCUACCCUAUUCAGCAGCGGCGUAUUCCACUGGGACGACGAUGGGUCUCUUGGCUCGGACUGGGUCAUCCGGAAAGGUGCUCUGAAACUGUUUUUCUCUGUGUCCAUACCCAUGAUGGCCAUUAUAUUGAUCUCUUGGUCUUUACUAUUUGUUUAUAUGAGGCGGAAAAGACAGCAACGGAUGCAGAAGCCAUUACUGCCCCUAGCAGAAGGCCGAUCUUCCAUGGAUGAGGAAGGGAAUCUAUAAAGUAAUUUUGUAGUAUUAUGGAUAUCGUGUAGGAUGGAAUUACAUCAUACCUCUAGAUGGGGCCGGAUAUGAUGUAACAUGUUAGGCAUAUUGAACGUACUUAACGUAUUAUGCUACGAUAUGGGCUUAUAUUAAGUGGUGCGAUAAUUUAUGGUGUAUACUAAAAUGAAAUGUAGGAAUACAUACCUAAGGUAAACUAUGAAUUACUGCUUAUGUCUAUCAAGCCUCCCGAAAGCUCCCCUAAACAGUAAUAUCAUUGUUGGGGUCCGCGCGAAAGAGCUGUAGCCCCCAAAUCGAAACAAUUGAUUUCCUAGGCGGGGCAUCCGUUCAGCUUGUUUCUCUACUCGUCUCUCAUUUCAGAGUGGUUCGCGACCUGGCUG